AUGGUCAGCACUCGCCGCGGCUCUUACGCUCCCUCUCCGCUGCCCACCAAGGCCGGCGCAUCGUCAGAGGCUCACGCCGGCACGCUCCGCGCGCCGGGUAAGACCGGCUCAAAGCCGAGCGAGGGCGCGGCCGUGAGCGACGCUCUCUAUGCGUUUGGUGCAGUGGUGCACGCAUUCGGUGUGGUCAUCUUCAUCUUCUUCCACCCUCCAAAGGGCGAGGUGCUUUCCAAGGAGCCGGCCAAGCUCCUCGCCGGCGGGGCCGCCGCGGCGAUCUCGCUCGCAUGGGCGUUCGUGCCGGGUCUGAGGCCGGCCGGCGCCAGCGGCACGGCAGCAGCGGCACUCCGCUGCCUCAUCGCCCUUGUUCCGACGGUCGUCGCGCCGGUCGUCCUCAACAGCUCGUUCCACAUCUUUGGCUGGAAUCCCGCCGCCGUUGCCGCCGCCGCCCUCCUCGCCGACGUGAUCUGGUCCCUCGGCCUGCUCCCCGGCCUGUACAACGCCUCGCCCGAGUAUCACAACUACCAGCUCGCUGCCACGCUCGGGGCGCUGAUGUGCUGUAGCGCGGCAAACGUGGUGGUCGUCCGGCUGCGCUGGAGGGCUGCCGAGUCGCGCCCUCGCCGCCGCUCGGCGGCGUUGUCGCCCUCCUGGCAGCCUGAGAUAUGA